GCUGUUUUCUCACACAGCCUCUUAUAAAAGCCGAGUCUUUCAAGACAAGCAGACGCAUUCGACCGUUCGACCAAUCCGUGGCAGAUAAGCCAGCCCUGCCCACGAACAGAUCAGUCAGCCAUUAUGACCGUCCCUAAUUUGUUUUUUGUGUUAAUGAUUUAUUUCAUCAUACCUGCGGCGGGUGAGACAAGUCAAACAGCCAGACACCAGACGGAAAACUACGUGUUGAGAAGUAAAUCAGGUUCAGAGAACCUUAUUCGAGUUACUUUCAACGGCGUGUUAGCGGCCGAAACGACUAUUCCAAAUAUAGAGGAACGCGGACUGUUUUACAGACAAAUCUUCAACGGAAAAGAAGUACUUCAACUUCUCUAUGACAGUAAAACAAACAUAAAAGACUGUGAUAUUUCGAAAGAAAAGAAUGACAUCAAACGUUUCUUGGAUAACUUUAGUGGUCAACAUGGUCAAACCAACGUGUCCAGAGAAUCCAUCAGGGAUAGGCAUCACCUAGAAUCUCAAGUUAAAGACCUGAUCAACUUUCAUCGCCUAAGAAAACAGUGUCAAGCCUUUCACAAACAACGAGGUGACGACAUGGAUGAGUCUCAAUAUUAUACUGAACGCACUGACAGUCAACGUCGAAGUAAAAGAAGUCUCUUGUACCCAGGUACGAAGUGGUGUGGCAAGGGAAAUACAGCCGAUGACUUUCACGAUCUGGGAGAAAGUCGUGAUACUGACAAGUGCUGCAGAAAACAUGACCACUGUAAAUACACCAUCACCAGCUUUCGUAGGAGGUGGGGUCUAUUUAACUACAGAUUCCAUACAGUUAGUCAUUGUGAUUGUGAUGAAAUAUUCAGAAAUUGUUUAAAAAACAGCAGAAACAACAUUGCCGAUAUGGUUGGAAGAAUGUACUUCAAUGUUAUACAAAUGAAAUGCUUCAUUUUCAAGAGAGAGCGUGUGUGCAAGAAAAAGUCUUGGUGGGGGAAGUGUAUCAAGUAUGGCAGACGUAAAAUAGCAUACAUCCGAUCUCCAAGGACAUUUUGAACCAGU